GCUGGCUUCAUGCGAAUAUUAAUAUCCAAUCAUACAAUGUAGUGUUCAAUUAAUUCCUGAAUACGAGCUGAAUAUUUUUCGGGAAAAGGAAUUUAGUUUGAAAUCAUUGGCUACGAGGUGAAUUCCGUACCCUAAUGCCAGUGUCCUUAUCACACCGAGUACGAAGUCUUUUACACCUUUCUUCAAUUUGGUCAAGAAUAGUUGGCGCCAAUACUUACGCUUACCGUCUCUAACCAUCUGUUUAUAAUUGCACUGGUAGCCCCCUCCCAGAGUCCUGAGCAAUUUUCGAUUCAAAAACUCUUUUACUUCAUCUACGGCUCCAGUUCAAUCGACAAUCAAAAUGUCUCAGUGCAGCUCAGAGAUGGACCUCGACGGCCCCGAUGUAGACCAAGAGGCCAUGCCUUUAAGGCUUUUAUCACUCGGCAAGUUGAAACCUCCUCUUUUGAGAUAUCUACUAAACGUUUGAUUACAGACGGUGGUGGAAUUCGAGGGCUAUCCGAGCUACUUAUCCUCGACGAGAUAAUGCGCCGUCUCAAACACCAGUGUAAAUCUUCUGAUGACCUAUUACCGGCAGACUAUUUUGACAUGAUGUGCGGCACAAGUACAGGAGGGUAAGUGUUUUCCUUCCUAAAAUCUUCUGGCCGGAGGCUGGAUACUUACCAAGCCUAGCUUAAAUGCGUUGCUGCUUGGACGACUCCGUUUACCUACAACAGAGGCUAUUAAAUGUUAUGCUUCAAUAGCAGAGCAGAUUUUCAAAGGCAAAAAAUCGAAGGCAUUGCAUGGUUAUACUUUUGACGCAUCCAAUAUGGAGCAAGCAAUCAAGUCUUUGUUGGAGAACAAAUAUGGACUGGGUCACGGCGAUGACCGGAUGCUUAUGAAUGAGGAAGAAAAUUGCGGCGCAUGUAAAACGUAUGUAUCACUGCUUAGAAAAUAUUUUACGGUAGCACAAGUCUCACUAUCUAUAGUUUCGUGUGUGCUGUCAGUUCACUCCACGUUGAAGGUGCUCCUACAAAAUUUCGUUCAUGGUUAGCUGUUAAGGAUCAAAGUUACAAUUGCAAGAUCUGGGAAGCAGCUCGAGCAACGUGUGCAGCCCCUCGACUUUUCAAAAGCAUCAUGAUUGGAGAAAAUGGGAUCGAUGAAGAAUUUGUGGAUGCUGGGCUCGGCUGCAAUAACCCUGUUCAACAAGUGAUAGCAGAAGCGCGAUCCGUGUUUGGUCCACUGAGGCCCGUCACUUGCAUUCUCAGUAUUGGUGCCGGGACUCACAAGCCUCUCGGUUUCACGAAACCAAAAUCGGCACUGGAGAGAGCCGUUCCAUCAGAUCUCGUGAACGUCCUAGCAGGUUUGGCAACAUCAACUGAAAAGGAGGCUGCCGAGAUGGACAAGAAAUAUAGACACAUUCCUGGGAUUUAUCACAGGCUGAAUGUUGGGAGAGAUAUCGGGGAAAUUAAACUUGAAGAGUGGGAGGAGCUAGGCCAAGUCACUGCGCAUACGAAAGCAUACCUCCGGAAGGAUGAUAUUGAUCAUCAAAUCGAUGAAAUCGUAGCUGCGUUGGCACACGAGCGUACUCCCAAGCUCAAUAUUAAUCUUCAAGUGCUUGGUAACUAAUAUCUAUCAUGUUGUUAUGCCAUCAUUGUGGCUAAUGAAUUUAGAUGGUCGAAUACAUCAUAAUCCUGUUACCAUUCAUACGCAUGCCUGCUUUCCGGUUGAUUUGACUGAUACUAAAGCAUUCAUAAAACGAUCCUGCAUGGGCGGAAUUGAAGAAAGAAUAAACCAGGUGUUACUAAAUGGAUCGACAGACGCUGUAGUUCUUCAUGGAAUUGGGGGCUGUGGUAAAACUCAACUUGCUCUUCAUUAUUGUCGCGAAAUGAAACGUACUGGUUCUUUCUUUGCUAUAAUGUGGAUUGAGUGUGGGUCAGAGGCAUUGAUGAAGGAAAGCUUUCAUGGAAUUGCGAAAUCGAUCAUGCAUGACCACGAAGACAGGAUGGAGCAAAACCGCCGUUCCGCCGCUGCGUUAGCUAAGAUGCGAGAGUGGAACCACAAUCAUCCGUGGCUCAUCGUCUUCGACAAUAUGAAUAGUCUUUCCCCUCACAACAUAAAAUCCUAUAUCCCAGGCGGUGGCUACGGUUUCAUCAUCAUAACGGGCCGUCAUCCAGACCUUAGUAGGCUCGGUCACUCUGUGUCUAUUGGGAAUCUAGAUGAAGACGAGGCCAUUGAACUACUCUUCAAUCACACCGAACAUAUCAAUGGAAGGACAGAUGAGGAUAUCAGACAAGCCCGCGAAAUUUGCCGUCUGCUCUCAUGCCUUUCAUUAGCUGUAGCCCAAGCUGGAGCUUAUAUUAAGAAUAGGAGACUUGAACUCAACGCAUUCGCCGAAUUAUACGAACAGCGACGGGAGGAAAUAAUGGCUUAUUAUCCUCCAACCUGGACAUAUAGAGCACCCAAUCCAUCGAACCCUAAACAAAAGAUACCUCUUACUCUUUUUACUAUAUGGGAGCAAUCUUUCAAGUGCAUUAGCGGCGAGAUGCUAAACGCGAAGCGCCACUUUCUUUGUAUCAGUGCGUUUCUACUAAAUGGGACUCGAAUGAGCUCAAUGCUUUUUCAAAACUGUUUCAAUAUGGCCACACAAAGACCACGGUGGAUGGAGAUUUUCAGGGACAAAGGAACGGAUAGUUGGAGUCAGAGCAAAUUUGAAGGUGUUUUGGAAGAGCUCAGCAAUCUUAGUUUGUGCCAAAUCGUAAAGAAGACCAAACACGACGAGUGCUUCUAUUCUUUUCAUCCCAUGAUCCGAGAAUGGGCGCUUUAUCGACCAGAUCCGCGUACGAGACAGGACCUUGCAUUAGAAGCUUUAUGCAUUCUUCAAUAUUCGUUGAGGAUUUCUAAGGGCGUUUCUAUACGCAAUUCUAAUUCUGGCAUUGAGAAAGACAUAGAAGCUUGCUUCCUCAACUGGGUAAAGUUUGGAAGUCAGCCCCUCUCGGGAAACAGUGAAAUCCCUCAUUUCACUUUAUUUAUGUCUUUAUUUUUUGAAGAGAGUGGAAAAUACAGUGUGGCGAAAGAGCUAAGAGAAAAAGUUGAAGUUUAUUCCCAGGAACAUGACCGAACUCUCUACCACCUAAGCCGUCGUCAUCUAGCACUUGCGUUAGUGAGAUUGCAUAGAUUUAGAGAAGCAGAAAAAAUUAUAGGCGGGCUUUUGGAAUCUCUCCCGAAAGAUCUGUGCGACACUGAGUAUGAACUCCAGCUCUCAUUAGAACUUUCAUACAUCUAUGUCGAAAUGGGCAGAAAUACGCCAAAUAAAGUUUAUAGUAUUACUGACGGUAAUGACCUGCUGAAAAGAGCCUUGGAUAUUGAGACGCGUUUUUAUAACGGCUGGAGAACCAAUUCUGAUAAUUUAUUAUAUAUUCUAAUAUCAUUAGCGUUCUUAAAUGACAGGAUUCCUUUCAACGAGCAUAACACGACCAGACAACGACUAAUAGGUACACAUACCGAACUGUUUAAGCACGGUAAAGAUCACGAGGCAAAAGUGAAAAAACUCUGGUCGGCUAGAUCACUUCGGGUGGAGGGGCACUAUGAUGCUUCCGAGGCCAUGGAGGAAGAAAUUUAUAGGGAUAGCUUGAGGAAAUCUGGUGAUACGGAUUUCUUUGCCUUAAUAUCACAGGCAAACUUGGCGGGGUUUAUGGAACGUCGGGGAGACAUUGAAAAGGCUUUGGAAUUACAACGGACGGUUUUCCGCAAGUUUGAGCAGAAAUAUGGGGUUUCGUAUUUGGCAACUCAUGCCCUUGCCAUCGACCUCUACCAUAUGCUUAUGGACCAUGGAUAUCGCGAAGAAGCUGAUACCAUAUUUAUAAAGUAUUACAAGGGGCCAACUUCAUUUUAUGAUUAUAGUGAUCUGAUUCAGUUACCAGAGAUCAUUCAUGUUUCGAUCUAGUCAGUACCCGAAUCAAUUUUCAUCCCUCAUAUUUCAUUCAAUUCAGCACUCGGCCUCCUUCGUUCGCUUAUCCUCUGUGACACGUACUCCAUCAUCAACAAGACGAGGAAACCGAACUGACUUGAUGACUUCUCUAAAACGAUAAUCUAGUUUGAUAUAUCUUGAUAAGAGGGGGGAUAUAUGGUAAGGGAAGAAUGUAGCCAUCUAAUUGAAGGAGAAG